AUGUCGAUGAGCGAGAACCCCCUUCCCGUGUGGGGCAGCGGCGCCUCCAACCUCAGGUCAGCCGUGGUCUCCUUGACCUUGGGAGACGGCAAAGGGAAUGACCUCGAGAUCAAAGACACGGAAGAGGACAUCAUCAUCGAGGUCGACAUUGACCCGGCCAACGUGCCCGAGCCGGUGGAGUUUUCACCCUUCGUGAGAAGAGACGCCACGUGGGACAACACGCAUGUCAUAAAUGUUGCCAACAACAACUCUGCUAUUUAUCUUGUCUUGAGACCAGAUUCAGACAACGCUACUUUCGAAGUUCUGAUCCGUUACGGCGACAGAGCCGAUGACGUGAACUAUGACCUCGCAUUCCAGAUACCACGAAACUUGUCCGAGGAAGACCUGGACGACUUGUCACCGGAAAACGAGGACGAGAUGACCUACUCCAUCUUCGUCUCCCCUGACUUCAUCGAGUAUCACGGCACUGGGGAUUACUAUGUCCGGGUGAAACAGCAAGUUAACUUCAGUUUGGAAACCGACGACUACUAUGAGGAGCCUUCCGUUCCGACGACCCUUUCACCAAUAGCUGACGAAGAAGUCGACAUCUUCAGUAUGGACGACGACUUCUUCGUGCCCCCGAACACGAUUGACUUCGGCUCCAUCUACGACAACCUGGGGGCGAAGCUGAAGGACAACUUCGCCGUGUUGGUCACUAUCUGCGUGCUUCUGGCCCUGUACAUCCUGGUAGGAAUCUGGGCCAGGUACAAGGAUAAGCAGGACGUCAAGAAGUGGGGCGUGACAGCCCUUGCGGACAACCUGGCUGGGGAGAAGUACCUCUACCUCCUGACGGUGGUGACGGGGAUGAAGGGCAAGUCAGGGACGGCCAGCAACAUCUCCUUCGUCCUGUCGGGCACAGACGACGAUACCGGCGUCAGGAAGCUCUCCGAUGACAAACGGAAGGAGCACACGAGGGGCUCAUCCGUGCAGUACGUAAUGAGUACGGAAGGCCCACUGGGGCAUCCCACGUACCUCAGGAUCUGGCACGACAAUUCUGGGAAGAACGACAAGGCUGGAUGGUAUCUUGACAGAUUCACAGUCUCGGAUCUCCAGACAGGAAAGACAUUCGCAUUCAUAGUGAACCGGUGGCUGGCAGUGGACGAAGAUGACGGCCAAAUAGACCGCUUGGUUCCUGUGGCCACACCGGAGGACAUCACCGCCUUCAGGAACCUCUUCGUCAACACCUCCAAGAAGAACCUCACCGAUGGGCACCUGUGGGUGUCCAUCUUCGUCAGGCCCUACAAGAGCACCUACACGAGGGUGCAGCGCCUAUCCGUGGUCGUGUCCGUGACCUUCCUGACGAUGGUGGUGAACGCCAUGUUCUACAAGUCGGAACCCGUCAGGACUACUAAGCUGGAGCUUGGAUUCAUGACGGUUACGACCUUUCAGCUUUGGGUGAGCAUCAUGGGUACCUUGAUUGUCAUUCCACCGAGCGUAGCCAUGGACCAGAUAUUUAGGAAGUGUCGUCCCAGGCCCAGCAAGACGGACGCGUUGCUCCAGAAGGUGGCGCAGGCUGAGGAUGGGAAGAUAGUCAACAGGCUAGAUUCGGACGAGGGUGACCCAAGUGACCAGGAUUCUGCUGACAAGAAAAAGAAGAAGAAGCCGAUCUCGUUGCCGUGGUGGUGCGUCUUCUUCGCCUGGUUGCUGGUUGCUGGCGCGAUCGGAGUGUCUGCUUUCAUGGUGUUCUCCUACAGCAUACAGUGGGGCAAGGAGAAGGCUAACUCCUGGCUGACGGCCAUGCUGCUCUCCAUCUUCCAGAGCGUCGUGAUCGUUCAGCCUGCCAAGGUCUUCGUACUAGCCGCCAUCUUGGCUAUCGUGCUGAAGAAACCCGACGUGGAAGACCUGGACGACGAGGAGAGGAAGGUCAACGGAAGCUCCGCUAACGACGAAGAGCUGGACGUUGAUAAGCCUCAGUCAGGGUCCCGGGAGAAGAUCGCCAUCCAGCCCAUCGACCCGAAGAAGCUGGAGAGGAUCCGGCGGAAGAGGUUGGCCGAGCGGGAGAUGCUGACCCUCAUCAAGGAGAUGCUGAUCUACGUCGUCUACCUGUUCUUCCUGCUGUUCCUGGCGCAGCAGAACAGGAACUCCAACGCCUUCCUCGUCAACAAGAACCUCAAGAACCUCUUCAUCGACUACGAUGUGGAGUCCAACGAGAUGUUCCAAACGCCCGCCGACGUCUUCGGCUACAUGCGCGACACCUUCCUGCCGUCGGUGUUCUGGACCGAGCUGUACAACGGCGAGGAGAUCAACCUGAGGGACAAGCCCUUCAUGGCGGACGGGGUCUCCUUCCGCAUCGGCGCCGUCCGCCUCCGGCAGGUUCGGAUUAAACCAGGUCGGUUCCAGGAACAAAAUGAUGAAAGAGGUUUUCAGCCUGAUUUGGGGGCUUGGAUGGGAAAUGGAGCCGGCAUUAAGUUGGAAGGGUCGAGUGAGGAGGUCUGUUUGGAAUAUUGUGAAGGGUUGGAAUGA